CAAACGUAUUUAUAUACAGAUUACAUACAUACAUAUGUAUGCGGGCAAUUAGGUCGGGGCACUGACAGCCUCCACUCAGUUUCGUAUAUGCUUUUGUACAUACACUACUUGAAUUGCCUUACAUAUCUACAGGUAACCGAUGUUGACAUGGAAGUAAGCGCGGCCACCGGACGCAGUCCAUCGUCAGACUCCGGGCUGGGCAUGACAGUGUCGGACAUGAAAAAUCGGCCAGCGCAACAAUUGCCCUAUCGCCCCAUGUCUGCCGGUCCCGUCUUGCAUCGCUCAUCCCACUAUUACCAUCAUCCAGCGUCAUAUCCACAUCCGCAUCCACCACCACAUCAUCACUCAUCACUGCGUCAUCUGGGCGGCUCAGCUGCAGCGGUGCAGCGCGAAAGGGAGCGAGAGGCGCGUUGCUUGGCCGCCGCCGCUGCGGCCAAUACAAAAACAAUCGGCGCCAAUACGCCUAGCAAAUUGCCGGCGCAACAGCAGAAUCAGAAACAGCAACAUCCACAGCAUGCAUCCUCAUCAUCAUCGUCGUUGGCAACAAACAAUCAAUCAAUCUAUAAAACAUAUGCCACGGGCGAUAAUAACAACAAAACUGACAAUCAGCAUCAGGUGAAGCAUAAAUUUGAAAUGAACAAUUAACAAAAAAAAAAACAAAAAAACAAAAACAGAAAUUAACAAAAAGUUUUGAAAAAGUAGUAGAAAUGCAAACGUAAGAGAAACUAUUUAAACGCAAAACACUUACUGCUGUCUCUUUCUAACGCACUGCAAACCGCAAAGCAUUGCAACACUGUAACGCUUUCAACUGCCAAUCACCUCUCUUAGGCUAAGUGCAUAGUGGCAACGCUAGCAACGCAGUGAUUUCUUGAAUUCAUCUGCUUCCUUGCUUUGUAAUAUGGGAACCGCUAUGCGCCUAGCCUUAACACACGCUCUUUGCUUUUACGUGCAUACACUCGCUAUCUUUCUCUUUCUCUCUCUCUCGGACAUUUUUACACCUUUCACAAAUGUGCAGCUUUUAUUUAAAGAGUAUUUUUAGUUACUCUAAAAUAUUUCGGUGUUUGUCAUUUUUUAAAUCACACACGUACAAAAAUUUUACAGAGAAAGUUAUAGAUUUAU